GCCAGGGGGCGGCGGCGGGCGCGGGGCGGCGCAUGCGCGGGGCGGGGCGCGGGGCCGUGGUGUGAGGUGCCCGCCCGCCAGCCCGCUCGCCGCCGCCAUGGCUCUGCUGCACACACGCCGGCUCCUCGCUGCCCCGCGUCUCGCCGCCCGCGCCAGCUCAUGGUGGUCCCACGUGGAGAUGGGUCCCCCCGACCCCAUCCUGGGGGUGACAGAAGCUUUCAAGCGCGACACCAACUCCAAGAAGAUGAACCUGGGUGUGGGAGCAUACCGAGAUGACAACGGGAAGCCAUACGUCCUGAACUGUGUUCGCAAGGCGGAGGCCAUGAUAGCAUCCAAGAAGAUGGACAAGGAGUACUUGCCCAUUGCGGGGCUAGCGGAUUUCACCCGGGCGUCUGCAGAACUGGCUCUGGGUGAAAACAGCGAGGCUUUCAAGAGCGGUCGGUAUGUCACUGUGCAGGGUAUUUCUGGAACUGGAUCUCUGCGAAUUGGAGCCAACUUUUUGCAACGGUUCUUCAAGUCUAGCCGUGAUGUGUAUCUACCCAAACCAUCCUGGGGCAAUCAUACACCCAUUUUCCGUGAUGCUGGCCUGCAGCUUCAGGCUUACCGCUACUAUGACCCCAAGACAUGCAGCCUUGACUUCUCUGGAGCCAUGGAUGACAUUUCUAAAAUUCCAGAGAAGAGCAUCAUCCUCUUGCAUGCUUGUGCUCACAACCCCACCGGGGUGGAUCCCCGCCAGGAACAAUGGAAGGAGCUGGCAGCUACAGUGAAGAAACGAAAUCUCCUCGUGUACUUUGACAUGGCCUACCAGGGCUUUGCCAGCGGGGACAUCAACCGGGAUGCCUGGGCUGUGCGGUAUUUCAUCGACCAGGGUAUCAACGUUGUCUUGUCGCAGUCCUAUGCCAAGAACAUGGGGCUGUACGGAGAGCGUGCGGGCGCCUUCACGGUGAUCUGCAGUGAUGCAGAGGAAGCCAAGAGGGUCGAGUCACAGCUGAAGAUCCUCAUCCGCCCCAUGUACUCCAACCCACCCCUGAACGGAGCCCGCAUUGCCUCUAUCAUCCUGAACACCCCUGACCUGCGGAAGGAGUGGCUUGUGGAGGUGAAGGGCAUGGCCGACCGGAUCAUAAGCAUGCGGACUCAGCUGGUGUCCAACCUCAAGAAAGAGGGAUCCUCCCACAGCUGGCAGCACAUCACUGAUCAGAUCGGCAUGUUCUGCUUCACAGGGCUGAAACCAGAGCAGGUGGAGCGGCUGACCAAGGAGUUCUCCAUCUAUAUGACAAAGGAUGGACGAAUCUCUGUGGCGGGAGUUACAUCUGGCAAUGUGGGUUACCUGGCUCAUGCCAUCCAUCAGGUCACAAAGUAAAGACAAAGGUGUGCUCUGGAGCUGGUGGCUUUCCCUUCCUCACCAGUCAAAGAUGGGGAAGGAAAGGAAACAAGCAGAAUACGUUCAACCACAGCACUUGACGCCGCUGCUGAAUGUAUCUUGUAGAUGAGUUAUUGUAGAAGCCUAGUCAAAUCUGCCCUGCGCUGCGGAGCAGGGCAUCAUUGCUGGCUCCUGCUCGUCAAGCCAUUCUCCCCUGCUGUCCAUCCUUCAUCCGUCAGCCCCAGCACCCAUCUGUGCUGGAGGAAUCAAAUGCUUAGCACUGCCAUCCUACCGGCGUAGGCACCAAAGGCUUCCCCACACUCAUUCCUCCAUGAGAGGGCUUUGGGAGGCUGUUGGCCACUGGCCCAAGCAGCAGCAGGUGAAGAGCUGGGUGGGCCAAGGGGGAGGCUACUCAGGUGCACUCCUCUGACCUUGUCAGCUGGUCCUUGCUUCCAGCAGGCUCCAUCCUCCUAGCCUGGGGCUAGGCAGUGCCAAGCUGCCCUCUGGCAGCCAGCUCUGAGGACUUAUCACUGCUAAGAAAAUCUGCUCCAUUGUUGGCUUCGCUCUUUCCAUCUGGGAAUCUCCUUUCAGGUGUAGUUCACAGUGGCAUUGGUGUGUGGGGCAGACCAGCGUCCCUCCUCUAAACCUGCCUGGUUCUGACUUCACUCCUGUAUCCUGAGGUGAAGCAAUUUCUCACUCCCCCCCCAAUAAGAAUGUUCUCUGAAAGCUGCUCUCUGUUGGUCUGUGCCUCUCCCCAUUCCUGUCACAAGCCCAGCAGCUUGGCCCUGUUCCCCCCCCCAGCACCCUCCUUGCACGGGAGAGGCUUUGUGUGUCCCAAAGCCAUGAGCCGAGUGGUGGGCCCUGCUGUGUCCCCUCUCAGUGGGGGUGUGCAGGGUCUCCCUUUCAUCUGCUCUAUGCAGCCAAAUUUCUGGUGCUGCCAGAAAGCAGGAGGGAAAGAUCCUGAAGGCGGUCUGAGAACUGGCAACUUGAGAGACAUUCUGUCCUCCUAAACUGGGUGUCCUUGAGGCCCUGUGACUCACCGGACUAUGGUUUUUAAUCCAAAUAAACUGGUGCAUGGCUGUGUCAA